UCUCUUAUCUCUCUCUAUCUCUCACUCAUCUAAUCUUAAAAAUCUACUGCUGCAAACGGAGAAGAGAUGUAUAGCUCACUUGAAACGACGGCCCCGGCGACGUUGGAACCUCGAGUUCUUGGAACAGGAACAUCCGAGAAUAACAUGAUAAGGACUGGAGGAGACAAACUGGUACUGAAGGGGUUAAAGUUCUACGGUUACCAUGGAGCCAUUCCAGAAGAGAACACUUUGGGGCAGAUGUUUAUUGUUGACAUCGACGCGUGGGUGAGUCUUAAAAAGGCUGGUCUAUCUGAUAACUUAGAUGAUACAAUCAGCUACGUUGACAUUUUCAGCAUAGCUAAAGAAAUUGUUGAAGGGCCACCACUGAACCUUCUGGAGGCGGUAGCGGAACGCAUCGCGUCCAGGACGCUUGAAAAGUUUCCUCAAGUAACUGCUGUUCAGGUGAAGCUAUGUAAGCCAAAUGUUGCACUUAUCAAGAACACUAUUGAUUACUUAGGGGUUGAGAUUUUCCGACAGCAAAAGCACUUCUGAUUCAAGGAACCGGUGAAUGUCCCUCCAAACUUUGUGUUCAAUUAACCCUUUGUCCUGACAAAGAGAAUUGUAUCCGGUGAAAUGAAAUUAUCUUAUUUAUCAUUCACUUUUUGCUCUUUUA